AUCAAUACAAGUCACCAACAAAACGGUUUUUGGUUUUGGACUUCGAUAGCUGUGCAACUCGUCGGUCGCAAUCAAUCGUUUGUGUUAAUUCACCCCGUGUGCCAUUGAAAAGCAAAAGCGAAGCACUCAGGUUCCAUCUUUCCUCCCUUUUACAAUAAAUUUUAAGCAAAUUUGCUACUUUAGUGUGACAAAUUUCUGUUCUAAGUAGUAUCAGGAAAAAGAUACAUAAUGAGCUGGCAGGAUUAUGUUGACAAUCAGCUCCUGGCUUCCCAGUGCGUAUCGAAAGCGGCCAUCGCCGGUCACGACGGUGGUGUAUGGGCUAAAUCGGAGGGUUUUGAAGUAUCAAAAGACGAAGUGGCGAAAAUCGUUGCAGGUUUCGACAAAACUGAUCUGCUAACCUCAGGAGGUGUGACACUGGCCGGCCAGCGUUACAUCUAUCUGUCUGGAACCGACCGAGUGAUCCGGGCCAAGUUAGGAAAGACUGGAGUCCACUGUAUGAAAACACAGCAGGCUGUUAUAGUAUCAAUUUACGAAGAGCCAGUACAGCCUCAGCAAGCGGCAUCUAUAGUCGAAAAACUUGGAGAUUAUCUUAUUACUUGUGGUUAUUAGAAGAGGUAAACUUUCAUACUGCUUUUUUAUAAUUUAAACUUUAGAAACACAUUUGAAUAAAAAAAUUGAAAAAAGUCGAUAAAAAUGCGAAAAAACAUGCUACAGUAUGAGUGUACUGCUUUAGGAUUGAAGUGAACGAAGAUAACUAAAACAGUGGCAAACAAGUGCUAAUUGUCAGAAUGGGAUCAAGAAAAGGAGAUUCUGUUUUUCUUCCUUUGCAAAGUCAAUAUGUUUAAGUUCCCUUGCUAGUUUUUGUUUUUCUUUUGUUUCCAUUAGAUUGAGCGAACCGUUGGAUUAUGAGAGAAAGGACAUUUGAAGCUCUGUAAACUGUUAUCGGAUUAGUGAUUUUGUUGUUCCCUUUGCGUUGUGCGAUCGUACAUAGUAGCUAUUUGCGUUGUUUUUCCAUAUGUUCGCUUUGCAUAUUUGUUGAUUUCGAAUAGACGAGAAAACGGGAGGAAACAAAACAUGCAAGAAAGCUAAAAGUUGUCACGAUAUGAUUUUCUAUUUUGUUUUUCUUCUCUCUUUCUCUUUUAUUUGCAGCCCACGGCGGCAGUGUGAGCGUAUAACUCUUGUAUUUGUGUAAAAUCGUUUCCGUAACUUAAGAAACUGUAAUUUGUAUUAGCUUUUAAAAAAAUCGUAAUGCAUCUCUCUGAAUUGGCGGUAGGCAUCGAAGAACAGAAAGAAGACUUAUUGCAAUGAAUAGGGCAAUAAAUAGGAAAAAAGCAGAAGGAAAUAAGAUUAGAGAUCGGAAUACUUCUGUAUAUAUAACAGGGGAACUCCUUUCAUACUCUUCGAUGGCACACGUGAUGAAGUAGAACAGUCAUAGGACACGAACAAGCAUGAGCAAUGUGGGUUGUAAAAUCCGAAACAAAACGGA